AUGUUACACAAUGCCAAACGGCCACAUGUCAGCGGCUACUCGUGGAGUGACGUGCAUGUUUAUGAUGCCGCAACACAGAAGUAUCUUGGGGGUGUUCACCAGGCGGGUUCGAUCACAUACGCGAACUUCGACGAUAUGCUGCGCGGUAUCUUGUUGGUCACUAUCGAUCAUUUCUCAAUCAGGCAAAAGAGUACUGGAAACAUUGUGACGUCCAGCGCCGAUCUAGUCGCUCCAGGGGAUCAUCAGCGAGGCUGUAAUAUCUCUGGGCGUGCAAGUGCUUUUCGUGACGGCAUUCGUGGAAGAGACAGAAAGUGCAUGGUCUCCGGAGGAGGCGGCUUACUCGCAAGCUCCGGGGUAUGGACGAAACUAGAAGCAGCGCACGUUUUUCCUCUGGAGUGCGAGAGUUUCUGGAAUGAAUUUGGCUUCUCUAGGUGGGCCACGAAUAUGGACGAGACUAUGGGCAUAUCCAAAAUCAACUCCGUCCAAAACGGACUGUUGAUGAAGCGUGACCUCCACUCCGCCUUCGAUCAGUAUUUCUUCUCGAUCAACCCUGAUGACGGUUACAAAAUCGUUUCUUUUGCCCCCGAUGAAGACGGAAUCGAUGGGCGUGUUCUUGAGCCGGCCUGCAGGGACCCAGCCAACCCCGACCGCGUCUCAGAUGAGAUCCUUUGCUGGCAUUUCCGUCAAAAUGGAUUCCCCCCCGGCACUGAUCAAAUCAAAACAUUGUCCAACGAACCGUAUUGCAAGGAACGUUUCGAGAUGGAGAUGGACAUGCGUCUGCAAUACUUUGCUAGAGAUGAAAAGGCGAGUUCAAGUUGUUGCGCCCUGCAUUCAUGGCGAGUCGUUUAUACUGAUAUUCCGUAG